AUGGCCUCAUCCGAAGACGAGCUCGACUGCUUGGCGAACCUGCUCGUUCCAGAGGCGGAUAGCAGCGAUUUGGAGGGCAACGAGCUGGAGAUGGACGUAGAUCAUGAUGACCCUAUGGUGAAGGGGCCGCCAUCUGAUGAGCAUGAGGCAGGGAAGGCGAUAAGCUCGACAUCGAAUGACACAGCCGGCAACGAGGCGGCAGGGCUUCUCAUGGCCGCACCCCACGUUCCCACCACUAUUGGGACGCACAGUACAGGCAGUCAGUCUCCGCCGACACCAUCAAUGUCCGAUACGACGACGAUAGUGCCGUCAUCGAGCUCGUCGUCUGCGGAACACACAACUGGAUCCGGAUCUGGCGACAUGUCAGCCUCGUCGGCGUCACCCACACUGACCUUGGUGGACUCGAGCCCUGGGCCCUCUACGACCUCUACGAAACCCAAAUCCACGGAGACGCAAACGCCAACGCGGGUUUGGAAUCCUUUCGAUUCUUGGAAGGGACCGCGACAUGUGUAUGGGCGUGGAUUCUUGCCCCUUCCUGACACAGUGCAGAUGCUGGCGAGGAAGAGGACGGUGGAGGGAAUGGAGAAGGGGAUUCAGGGUGGAGGGGCGUCAACAUUGAGCUCUUCGUCACCACCAGCUAAAGGGCGAAAAACUAUUGGGAGUGCCCCAAUACCCCAGGUUCAGGAUGAUGCUGUGAAUAUAGGACCACCCGCAAAGCGUAUAAAACGCUCCAAGUCAAGACGAUCCACUUCAAGUGCGACUCCACCGAAGCCCGCGACUACUUCAAUGCCUGCUGCCUCCACCUCAACAUCACCCGCGAAAGCUAACACCAAUGCCGUCACCGACGCAAAUCCUCCCGAAAAGCUCAUGAUCAGGAUUAAGCUUUCUCCCAGCAAAUCCGUCUCUUCUUUCACAUCCACUUCCGCGACGAAGGUCGCACCACCUUCAAGUUCGUCUACACCUCCACCAAAACCUUUGCCACCGAAAUCUCGCCCACCUCUACCGACAAGGAUAAAUACUUCUACUUCGUCAGCCGCCUCAAAGGCAUUAAAGACGAGCGACAUCAGUAAACCUCAAGUGAAUGGAGCUGAGUCUACGGCGACACCUCUACGAUCUGCCUCCACAUCUAGUGCCGAUAUGCAAAUACCGAAUUUACCAGACCCCGAUAUUUUCCUUCGGUCACGUCCACCUCUUAACACAUAUCCCUUUACUUCUACAGGUCGGCGAACUACUAAUUCCCCCUCCUUUUCUUCCAUUCCUCCGCCGCCCAUCCCGACCCGCACUCCGAGCGGCAAACCCAGCCCAGCCUCUACUCGCACGUCAAGCCACAGCUCAACCCCGAAGCCAACACCCAAGCAAGACAAAGUCAUCGUUAAGCAGAGCCCCAAGCCCGAAACCGUUCCUCCUAAUCCUCCGAACAUCUCCCUUGCGAUCCAUCGCGGCGCCGACGCCCUCUCCACGCUCUUCGCGACAGAGAACGAGAAGAGCGUGGAGUCGUACAAGACGCAGUUGGAUAUAGCCCUGGAGCAGGUCACACAGCUACAUGCAGAGGUGGAACGGUUUGCUGAGGUACGUGCGGAGCUAGGGAAGGCAAGGACGGAGGCUGAGGAGGCGGCUAAUGUGCGAGAGGAGCUUGAAGUAGCGAAGGUAGAGAGGGCGGAGGCGAAGAAAGAGGCUGAGGAGGCGAAGAAGCAAGAGGCGAAGAGCUGGAGGCACCAGACCGAGAGCCAUGCUCGCGAGAAGGCGUACUGGAAGGAGGCACUCGAGAAGAUCCAGGCGGACACGGAGGCGCAGGUCUCCAAAGCUGCUGGCGAAACAGCAGACGCCCGGGCCGAGGUCGUCAAACUCCAAACAAGGAUCGCGGUAUUGGAAGAGGAGAAGACGCAGGACGAAGGGACGGCAGAGCGCACCAACACCUUGGAAUCUCAGAUGACUGUGCUGGAAGCAGAGAAGUCGCAGGUGCAAGAGGACCUCCGCCACACACAGGACAAACUCGCCGAAGUUGGCAGCACAGCUCGGGAUGCGCUCUCCAAAGUCCGCGAUGCCUGGCAGGAGCUUGACAAGGCACAGAGGGAGACUACGGGCGCGAGGAGGGAAGCGGAGGAGGCGAGGAAUCGGGAGGAUGAGGUGGUGCAGAGGCUUGAGGAGAUGCAAGCCAAGGCCGUAGAGAUUCAGUCUGGGUUUGACGAAACGAAGGCCACGCUUGCGGAGAGUCAGAACAGUCUUGAAGCGAGCGAGUUGCGUGCGACCAAUGCGGAGGUGCGUGUGCAGGAACUGAAGGACGCGAUGGCGAAGCGCGAGGAGGAGUGUGAAGCUGAGUGGGUGACAUGGAAGGGGAAGUGGAAGACUGUGGAGAAGGAUAGGAACGACGAGCGGACGAGGUGGGAGGAGGAGAGGAAGACUUGGGAGAAGGCCCAACUCGAGUUCCAAGUCGGAUAUGACGCUCUCAUCCAAGAGCAGGCGGCUUGGGAAGAAGAGAGGAAGGGCUGGGCUGAGGAGCGGAGUAUUUUCACCGAGGAACGCGAAGCUUGGCGGAAAGAGCGUACCACACUUGCUGAAGAGUCUUCAACAGCCCGCAAGAAGGUUCUCGGUGCCGUCCAAGCCAUCCUAGCAGAUGAACGCCGCCUCUGCCGUGAUGAACGUUUCCGCCUCAUCCAGUCUUUCGAAUCUACUUUCCCGGGACUCGCCGCUCGUGCCCAACGUCUGGAAGAAGUAUCUUCUCAAGCGGAAGCAGAGUGCCUCAUAUCCGUAUCCGCCCUGCUGCAGAUGCAGCAUGUGGCCGACGAGGCGCUCGCUCGUGUUGAAAGAGCUUCGGAAGGGGUCCGCGAGGCGCAGGCGCUGGCCAACGAGUUCGAGGCUGCCAACCGCACCCUGGAGGAGACAAUCGUCGCUCUACGAGUGGAGCGAGGCGAGGCGAGGGAGGAGGUUGAGAAAGAGAAGAAGAGGGCCGACACGCUGACGGCGAGGCUCAGCGUAGUCGAGGCUAGCAGCAAGGAGCUAGAGAACACAGUUGUUGAACUGCGUGUGGGGCGAGCGAAGGAGGAGAAGGAUGCGUUGAACUUGAAGGCCGCGGUGUCUGAGCUUAAGCAACGGGUAGGGGUGCUCGACAAGGAACUCCAAGUUGCUACUGAUGAGCUCGAGAAGACCAGGGAGGAGCUCGAGGAGAGGAAGGUGGAGCUCAGCAAGAUGGAGGCGGAGCUUAAGAAGGCGGAGGAUACAGCGGCAAAGGUGCAAGGGCUGGAGCACGACAAGCACGAACUGCAGUCGACCCUCGGCAUCAUGCUUGACGAGCGCCAGAGGUGGGAGAACGAGGUCAGCCAGCGGGUAGAGGGCCGUGUCGCGGAAGAGGUGGCGCAGAAAGUACAAGAAGAACGCCAACAGCUUUCUGCCGACACGGAGAAGAGGGUUGCAGAGGAGAGAGAGCGAGCUGAGGCCCAAAUCGCCGACCUCUGGGCCACCCAGGAGGAGGAACGUCAAAGGGUGAAGGACGAGGCGGAGCGGCAUCUCGAGGAUGUGCGUGCUGGGACUGUGCGGAGGUUCGAGGAGAUCCGCGAGGAGGGUCGGCGCCGCGUUGAGACUUUAGAGAAGGAGCUAGUGGGUCACAAGAAACGGCUGAAGGAGGUCAUGGACGAGAAUAUCGAGAUUCUGAAGCAGAAGAGGGCGUUUGAGGAGGAGCUCAAGAAGGUCCAUUCAGCACCGUCGUCACCAACGCCACCCUCUGCUGCUGCUACCAAAGAAUGGGAAUCUCGCCUCGACAACCUCCAAAAGCUUAUCGAGGCUCGUGACAAGAAGAUGGCUCUGCUCGAGACAAGCCUCACCACUGCCCGUUCCGUCACCCAGAAGGCUGAGGAGGGCCGUCGCACCGCACAACAGGAGGUCGAGCUCGGGGCCAAGAAGGCCGAUCUGCUCGAGAUGCGGCUGGUCGAGGAGAAGGAGCGUUCACAGAAGGCGGAGGAAAGGGCUGUGUUACUGGAGAAGGAGGGACAGUUGUGCGUGGCCGAACUCCAGAAAAAGCUUGCUGCGGAGAGCGAGAAGAUGCAACAGGAACGGGCGAACAUGCUGCGCUUGAGCAAGAUCUGGGAGGAGGAGAAAGUCGAUAUCGACACCUUAAAGGCCGAACAUGCGAAAGCACUCAAAGAUGCCUUAACCAGCUUCGACGAGAACCUGGAGCAGAAACUGGAACAGGAAAGGAAGGCCUUCGACAAAGAGAGGAAAGUAUUCGACAAGGAGAAGGUACAGCUGCAGAAGAAGGCUGCUACUGCCACUGCCAGCAAGGAACUUCAAAAGGAGCUGCAGAAGGCCCGUACGGACUACAUGCGGCUAGAACAGGACCGGAACAAGUUCGUUGCGGACUGCACGAAGCUCAAGGACGCGUGGAUGGAGGAGAAGGCGGUGCUGGAGGCGAGAGUACGGGAGUUGAGAGAGGCGUUGCGGAAGGCGCAGACGACGGACGAGCAGGAGCCGCCCACUCUCAGACGGUCGGAGAGGGCAAAGGAGAAGGCUAUUGCGAGUGCAAGUGCAAUUGCGCCACAGGCUGCUGAAAGCUCGAGUCCACGGAGAGAGACGCGGUCGUCUGCGAAGAUCAAACAAGAAGUUUUUUGA